AUGUCAGGUCUUGCUUCAGACGUCAGGUCUUGCUUCAGACGUCAGGUCUUGCUUCAGACGUCAGGUCUUGCUUCAGACGUCAGGUCUUGCUUCAGACGUCAGGUCUUGGUUCAGACGUCAGGUCUUGGUUCAGACAUCUGCAGCCCAGACCUGGUGGUGUUCCUGGCCUGCACGAACCACCAUCUGAAGGAGCGUCUGCAGAAGCGAGCCGAGCAGCAGGGUCGUCCUGACGAUAACCCCAAAGCCAUCGACCGCCGCCUCACCAACUUCAAACAGAACACCAUCCCGCUCGUCAAGUACUUCCAGGAGCGCGGCCUCAUCGUCACGGUAACGCCACACAGAUAG